AACUCAGGCAUGUAUUCAGAGGUACUGAUCAUGAGCUGACAGAACCAAUAGCCAUCUCUCCCCUGGCUCCCGCUGCUCCUGGAGAAGAAGCCCAAGAGGAGCAAAUUGAGGUGGAGGAGCGCCAGACUCCAUCAGUGCUCACACCUAAGCCUGGAUAUCCUGAGCCCCUGACAGAACCAAUAGCCGUCUCUCCCCUGGCUCCCGCUGCUCCUGGAGAAGAAGCCCAAGAGGAGCAAAUUGAGGUGGAGGAGCAGCAGACUCCAUCAGUGCUGACUCCAGAGCCUGGAUAUCGUGAGCCCCUGACAGAACCAAUAGCCGUCUCUCCCCUGGCUCCUGCUGCUCCUGGAGAAGAAGCCCAAGAGGAGCAAAUUGAGGUGGAGGAGCAGCAGACUCCAUCAGUGCUGACUCCAGAGCCUGGAUAUCGUGAGCCCCUGACAGAACCAAUAGCCGUCUCUCCCCUGGCUCCCGCUGCUCCUGGAGAAGAAGCCCAAGAGGAGCAAAUUGAGGUGGAGGAGCAGCAGACUCCAUCAGUGCUGACUCCAGAGCCUGGAUAUCGUGAGCCCGUGCUUCUAGAGAAAGAGCAGGAGCAGAUUGCUUCAUCAGAGAUGCCAUGGCAGACUCAGGGAGAGCUGUUCCCAGCCCAAGAGCAGGAAGAGCAGCUCGGGCAGCAGGUGGAAGAGCCACAGGAGAAUGGCCAGAAGAUCAAGGAAGAGCCACAAGCAGAGCUGCCCGAAGCUCAGAGUGCCAUCAUGGACGUGAAGAACAUGAACAAGGAAGACAUGGGAAGAAAUCAAGAGGAGAAUCUCCAUCAGCAGAGGGGCGAUCAACAAAACCAGGUGAGUGAAAAAGUGGCAGGCAUUUCACUCAUGAAACAUCCUCUCGCUUGUUUUUUAGAGAACAUGAAGGAACAGCUAAAUGCUGAGCUUCAGAUAGCUGACACUAGGAUCAAGACAAGGCAGAAGAGGCUGGAGGAAGAAAUGAAAAUCAUCAGGGAGAAACUUAAUUGCUUCCCUCAUUCUCUACAAAAGCAAGUGCAAGUGUUGGCAUCUGACCGGGCAGCCUGCGAAGAUUUCCAGCAAAUGUCUGGCAAUGAAGGACCCCAAGUUAAGAAUGAGGCACAGGAACAGUGCCCACCAGAAGUGCUCCAGGUCCAGCACAUCAAGGGCUCUGAAUCUGCUGCCGCAGCAGCAUUGCCUGGAAGAAGCCAUUCUGUAAAACCUGGGACCUCAAGCUUGGGCAGUUCCUUCAUCUCUCCGAAACAGGAGACUGAGAAGAGGUACCUGGAGAUGCUGGGAAAAAUGGUGAACCAGGAAAAUCCUGUGAUGAAAUACACUGAAAAGGAACGCAUUGGCAGCGGCUACCUUCUGGGUGAGGAACUCUGGCUAGUUAUGGAGUUCAUGGACGGAGGCACUCUGAGCGACGUCAUUACCAAGACUUGCCUGUCUGAAGACCACAUGGCAGCCAUCUGUCGGGAGCCCGAGUGCAGACAGCUGCAGUUCUGGCACCGAACGUGGGGCCCUGAAGGCUUCCAAAUCCGGGUCAUCGUGGACCUGAGCGUUUCGCCGGACCCCAUGGACGAGGCUGAUUAG